AUCUCGUAUAAUUUCAACUGAAACACAACUUGAUGAAAAUAGUUUACAAUUAAAGCAAGCUAGUAGUGAGAUAACAAAAUAUCAACAAGAUGCAGAAACUUCAAAGAUGCGAUUUUCACAAUUACAUGAAUCACUUGAACAACAUUAUACAAUAUUUGAACAAAUCAACAAUGCAAUCACGACAGCAAAUGAAAGGACCAAUGAAUUAGAAAAUUUAUUGAGAAAAAGCAAAAAAGAGAAAACAAAGUUGGAAAGUAAAGUAGCUGCAUUAAAGAUUGAUUUGGAGAUUAAAGAAGAAGAAUUGAGUCAAGAAACUGAACGAGUUGAUAAAAUUGAAAAGUUGUUAGAAAAUGAACAAAAAGAAGGAAAGGUUUUGAGAUCCAUGUUGCAAGAAA